CGCACCGCCUCAGUAUAUCGUUAGCUGCCGAGUGAAUCGCAUGCGCAAUGUUCCCCGCUUCGAUACUACCGACGCGAGUGUGAUAACGGACUUGUAUUUUUUUGUGUGAAAAUUAUCAUGUUUGUGCUAUAUUUUUGUGUGGCGCUGCUGGCCGAAGGUUACGCAGCAGCGACAUGCCGGUUCCCGGGUGCGCCGGCGCACUCGCGGGUGACGUUCUCCGACGAGAGCCUCGCGGAGGGCACGUUCGCCUCGUAUGAGUGCGAGAGAGGGUUUGAGCUUCUGGGACCAGUGCGAAGAGUCUGUGGCGCCGAUGGCCGCUGGACCCCUGACGGAAUUCCAUUUUGUGUACUGAACGUGGCAGCAGGCAAAGCUCCGAUGCAGGCUUCGACUGAGGACGGCGGCGUGCCCCAGCGGGCCCUGGACGGCAGCACAGCAGCCUCCUUUAACCCUGACACCUGUACCCUUACUAAGGCGGAGCGCGUGCCCUGGUGGUACGUCAAUCUGCUGGAGCCUUAUAUGGUGCAGCUCGUACGCCUGGACUUCGGGAAACCUUGCUGUGGUGCCAACAAACCAGCGGUCAUCGUGGUGCGAGUCGGCAACAACCGGCCAGACCUAGGCACUAACCCCAUAUGCAACCGAUUCACCGGAUUCCUGGAAGAAGGGCAACCGCUCUUCCUUCCCUGCAACCCUCCGAUGCCAGGCGCCUUCGUUAGCGUCCAUCUUGAAGCUGCUUCGCCUAGCCAACUGUCUAUUUGCGAGGCAUUCGUCUACACUGACCAGGCUUUGCCUAUUGAAAGAUGCCCUCAGUUCAGAGACCAACCUCCUGGCAGUACGGCGACUUACAACGGAAAAUGCUACAUCUUUUAUGACCGGCAGCCGGCUAACUUCAGGGAUGCCCUCGGCUUCUGCCGCACCCGUGGAGGAACGCUGGUGGAUGAGAGCAACCCGGCGCUGCAAGGGUUUAUAAGCUGGGAACUGUGGAGACGGCAUCGAAGCGACAGCAGCAGUCAAUACUGGAUGGGAGCCGUGCGGGACCCACAGGACCCUUCUAACUGGAAGUGGGUGAGCGGCAAUGACGUCACCGUCUCUUUCUGGAACGCGCCGGGCGGCGGCGAGGACUGCGCGCGUUUCGACGGCGCCAAGGGCUGGCUCUGGGCUGACACAGACUGUCAAGCUCGCCUCAACUACAUCUGUCAGCACCAGCCGAAGGCAUGUGGUAGGCCGGAGCAGCCGCCCAACUCGACCAUGACCACGGAGAGCUUCGAAGUGGGAGCAUCGGUGCAGUACUCCUGCGACGAGGGUCAUCUCUUGGUGGGGCCCACCGUGCGGACAUGUCUCGACACUGGUUUUUAUGACGAAAUACCACCGGUUUGCAAACGAAUCGAAUGCGGGUACCCGGCGGAGAUCGCUCACGGCUCGUACUCUCUCAUCAACGGGUCCGUGUCGUAUCUGUCUCACGUGCAGUACUCGUGCCAGGCCGGAUAUGAAAUGGUGGGCCGGUCGCGACUGGUGUGCGACAUCGACGAACGCUGGAACGGACCGCCGCCGCGCUGUGAUGUGGUCCAGUGCGAAGAUCCGCCACAGAUCCUGAACGGCCAUGUGUCUCUCUUGCACAAUGCUUCCGUGUUUGGUGCCGUCGCCGAGUACUCCUGCGCCCGAGGGUUCAAGCUCCAGGGAGGUGCGAAGAUCGCCUGUCUCGCGUCUGGACUGUGGGACAGUCCGGCUCCAAGUUGUCACGCCGAAGAGCGUCCUACCACGACCACGACGACCACCACAUCCACACCACCUCCGACCACCCGUACACUACCACCGUCCCCGACGCCCGCACCGACCACUCCUAGACUAGUCCUGCCUCCCAGGUUUAGCACGUCGGCGCGUCCAGUCUCGCCUCCCACUCCGUUCGUCCCACCAGAGCCGCCGCGACGUUUGAGGCCAAAAACGACCACGGAAAGGGCGACCACAAGGACUUACGAGCGACCACCGGAGAGAAAGGUCACGGUAGCUGACAACCAGGACUCGCCCACUAGCCACGUCCCGCAUAUUAUCGUCGCAAGUCACCCGAGGGAAAACCAGAUUCUUGGCAGCGGCAAUAAUAUCCGCGCGGAACAGACGCCACGUGUUAACAUACCCCAACCAGUCGACGGCGAGAGGCGAGAGACCGUGGGUUCGAGGCUCAACAUCGGUGCUGUGGUGGCGCUGGCCGCCUUCGGAGCGCUGGUCUUCCUCAUAGCCAUAAUAACGACCAUCGUCAUCCUUGUUAGAAGCAGGAAACACAACAAAGGGAAGCGGUACAGGCACCACGUGUCCCCGGACUGCAACACGGUCGCGUCCCUCGAUUCUUCCUCAUCAGAGUCUAGAAGUGGACUUAACAGGUAUUACAGGCAAGCGUGGGAGGAGCUGCAUGAGGCGGCAGGCGGAAAAUACCAAGGUCACAGAAGGCACGAAAGAGAAGCACCUAAGGACGGCUCGGAAUUAGUUGUGUCCGACAUGUACCCAGGGGGUCACGGCAGAGACAAGCGGCGACACCACCAUCAUCACCACCACCGCGACGCGAGACAUCCGGAAGUGCACGCACCACACCGUCCCCACCAUAACCAUAAGCCUAGGUAUUAAGUAACAAAAAAUAUUUAAUUUUAAUUCAUGCUCACGAUUUGUACUUAAAGCCCAGAUUUAUUUUUAAUUGCACUACUCCAAAAAGUUUACGUUAGAAGUAAUAUAGUGCUUGCAUGUUUUGUCAUCAGAGAUGUGGUCGAUAUUAAACAGAUUUUUGGGUCUGAUUAUAAUUAACAGACUUGUGGUUGAAUAAGAAUUUUGAGACAAAUGACCCCAAUAAGGCAACCUAGAGUGAAAAGUGUUCGAUAAUGGCUUUAAAGGAUAAAUUUCUCAAAUAUAAUUAGAAAGUAAGACAUCUUAUUUACCAAGAUUUUUGAUUAUAUAAUUAUAAUUGAGAAUUUAUAAUAAUAUAAUUGAGAAUGACUUUGGAGGUUUAUAGGAAUGUGAAAAUAGUGAAUGGUAUAUAUAUUAAAUCGUAAAUAGAUGAGAUUGAACAAUUCGAUUUUUUUGGGAAAUUACUUUUUUUUUAUAUUAUUAAUAUUAAUUCAUCCAACAAAAUCCUUAUUUCCAAAAAAAAAGUGUAAUAAAACAAUAUAAUUUCCUAAUGGCAUCCCAUCUUCUCAUAAUAUAACUGUUUAUGAAAAUUCUAAGACCUAGCCAAAAAGCCCGAGACGAGUUAAACGGUACCAAAUAUUCGUAGGCUUCUAUUGUUGUUGAUUUUGUACGCAUAGUUCACCUUUAUUUUGCAUUAAUUUAGGCUCUUACGGACAAAAACCUGAUUAUUUGCAACGACAUUAGAAAUGUGAUUUUACCCCAAGCACUACAAUGUUACCCCAUGUUACAUAUAAUUUCAAUACAAAUCAAUACUUACCUUUUUUUCGUGAUUGAAAAAGCCAAUAAUAACGCAUUAAACAUAUAAUAUAAAAUUAAAUUUGUCCGUAAGAUUAUUACCGACCAUUGUUACGUUGUUAUUAUAUCUUUGGUCAUGGGCGUGCUUCUUUGAUUGAGGAGAAUUAGUAUAAUUAAUUAAUAGAAUUUGUAUUAGUGUUUACUAAAUACAAUUUAUAUUAACUCUAUUCUGGCUCCAAGGCCGUUCAUGUCUAAAGAAUCUAUUUUAUAUUUCCUUACUUUGUAUAGAGAAUAAUUCAAUAUAUACAAUUCUUUAUCAGCUUGAAACUAUGAUUACCUUGAUCUUUUCUUAACAAAUUUAUAUUCGGUAUUAUGUUUUAUAUGAUAUUUAGAUUUAGUUUAGCACGUAAGGUGUUUGUAAAUAAUUAUACAUUAAUAAGAUAAGAUUGAAGUUAAUCAUUGUCCACGGCGCUAAUUUUCCUUCUUUUACCGAUGUGCUAACCACAAGCGUUGAAGCUACAUAUAUAGUUUUGUUAAAGUACAUAGCCUCGUACUAUAAUAUAAUCAAUUGCAAAAUAGGUUAUUCUUAUUGCGCUACUUUAUUUGUUAACUCGGUUAAGUUGAAGACAUUAUUAGGACAAAAUGACUUCGAUUAUCGUAUCAUCGACAUUUCAAAUAGCCAUUUUGAAAACUGUUUUAAAUUUGGACUACUUAUUGGGGUAUAUUCAAACAUAGUAUUUUAUUAAUUCGAAGUAUAUUCAAUUUAAUAGUAAUAAUUAUUAUUUUUACAAUUUAAUUGACGAUUUUCUGUCUUACUGUUGCUGAGAACUUGAUCUUGAAUAUGACGAGUUUGACCAAAUAAAAAAGGAUAUUAUUAUUGGUUAUUUAAGUAUGUAUUUAUUUUUAUACUUCUUAAAAUAUGUAUAUAUUUCUCUUCUUAAUGUGUUAACUAUUUGAUUCGUUGUGAUGUAUUUUAGAUACAUGUAUAGACCGUUAAACUGUUUGUCAGCGGAUGUCCUUCCUUUCUUCUUUUCUUUAUAUUACGGUACAAAUAUAGAUUUAAAGGCAUUGAGCACAGUACAAGUUGGGUCUCUGGCGACAAUGUGUAGACGGAAAUAUAUUUACACGAGAAUGUGCCAUUCAAAGGGCAGACAUAUAAGUUCAGAGUUUUAAUUUAUUUAUAAUUGUUUUUGUAAGUUGUAAAUAUAUCAAAAUAAUGGAUCAAAUUUAUGUUUGUCGUUAACACCGCUAAUUAAAGGGAUAGUGUACUGGAUAUGUAUGGUGUGAUUUGAAUGUAUGAACAAAAUCCAGUAAAUCGACGAACUAUUUUUCACACGUAUUGGUUGCCUGUAUUCUGAUCCCAUUUAGACAACCCAUCAGUAUGCAGACCACACAAGAUGUCUUAAAGCUGUGCGAGGCAUUUUGCGUGGUUGGUACUCGCCAACCAGACGUGUGAGAAGCAUUUAGUGAUUUUAAACGGUAGUCCAUUAUAAUCGAGGCUAACUCUCCUUUACUUGGAAAUUUUUUAGUCUAUUAGUGUUACGUCUUUUACAUAUACCAGUGACAAGUUAAUUUUAUUAAACGUUUUGAGUAAAGGGGAAUUUAAUUUUCACUAUCGUUAAUAGAUUUUGUAUUAAAUAAGUUAUAAUUGGCCAGCUCUAGAAUUUUGUCUAUGAUCGUCCAUAUUCUAAUCAUUUGUGCAUAGACAAUAAUUCUUCGUAUCUUAUUUUAUCAAUUAUUGUCCAUUAUACUGAUAAUUAUUUCUCAAUAAUUAUUCAAGUUAAAAUUACUCGAAUUUGUAAAAUAAAUCGAAUUAAUGUAUUGGUAACGAAUAUUUAGUAUUAAAUUUUGUGAUAAUC